AUGGCUACCGGCAACAGCAAGAGCUCUCCGCCCCCAGUCUCGAGAGACGACAAGAACGAUGCGCCUGUCUACGAAGAAAAGACUGGAGUUGCUCUUGAGCACACGGACCAGGCGUCUGACGAGGAAAAGCACCCGCAACAUCUGCCCUCCGUGACGGCGCCUAUCGAGGCGCUUGGUCUCGAAGACUGGCAAGGGUUAGAAAAGAAGCUCGUCAGACGUCUCGACAUGACUCUGAUGCCCAUGUUAUGGGUUCUCUAUCUGUUCAAUUAUUUGGACAGAGCAUCGAUCUCUCAAGCACGCCUUAGCAGUUUUGAGGCCGACCUGGGACUCACCGACACCCAAUUUGCCACGGCCGUUGCCGUUCUGGUUCCUGGCUACGUGGCCGCGCAAAUUCCAUCCAACAUGAUACUGCCUUAUGUUCGCCCCAGUCUGUAUCUCCCAUGCUGCGCGUUGGUCUGGUCGGGAGUUUCUGCUGCCACGGCCGGCGUCAAGAACUACAAUGGGCUUGUGGCCUGCAGAGUUAUGCUCGGAUUGUGUGAAGCCCCUCUUCUACCAGGUGCCAUCUACAUUAUGUCAUGCUGGUACACCAGGAAGGAGAUCGCUCUGAGGACCGCUAUCCUUUACACUGGUCUGGUCCUUGCCAUGGCCAGCUCCGGUCUUAUCGCAGCAGGUGUUUACUCGGGGCUCGAGGGCGUCAGAGGCAUGGCCGGCUGGCAAUGGCUCUUUGUAGUUCUCGCUCUUGCAGGCUCUUGCUGUGCCAUUGUCGCCCUGGUGUUGCUUCCUGACUACCCUCAUUCCAAGACAGGUUCCGCCAGGUGGGCAAUGACCGAGGAUAUGCGGCGCCUCGCGGUCGCGCGUAUCCAAGCCGACAGGGUCUCCCUGCCCGAGGCCAAGAGCAAUAGCAUCUGGUACGGCCUCAAGCUUACUUGCAUGGACUACAAGACCUGGAUCUUUGUCGCCAUCAACAUUUCCAUCUCUGCGGCCUACGGCUUCCUCAACUUCUUCCCCUCGAUUGUCCGCGGAUUCGGCUUCGAGUCAAGGACCACGACACUUCUCCUGACGGCUCCUCCUUACGUCUUCGCCGCGGUCGCAUCGUUGUGCAACGCGCGCAGCUCAGACCACUUCAAGGAGCGCGGCUACCAUAUGAUAGGACCUGUAGCCAUUGCUAUAAUGGGGUACAUCGUCUGCACAGCUACGGGUAACGUCCCGGCCAGAUACGCCGCCUCCUUUCUAUACAUUGGCGGUAUGUUUGCCGCCAACCCUUUGAUCAACACCUGGCUUGUCGGUACCUUGGGCCGAACCCCCGAGAAGCGUGCAACGGCCAUCCCCGUUAUCAACGUACUUGGUCAAAUCGGCAAUGUCAUCGCACCUUACUUCUUUCCAGACAGGGACGAGCCGAGAUACCUCAUGGCAUUUCUUCUCAUGAUGGGCUUUGCAGCUCUCGGCAUUGCUUGCUGCUUCCUCUUGAAGUUUAUCUUGAUCAGGUCAAACAAGAAGCUGUGGGCCAAAGCGCAAGAAGAGGGCACCGUGUACAACCCUUAUACUCUUUAA